AUGUCAAAUAAUGCAGUUAGCGAUAUUGAAAUUUAGAAGCAAGCCCAAUAGCAAUAAAAUAAUAUACUUGCCAUCUUGAAGUCUGGCAACGCAACUGUUGUCAAUGAGAAAUUGUAGAGAUGUCGAGAUUUCAAAGAGGGCAAAGACAUCCCAGUCCCUUUCUGUUAUAAAGGUAUACCAACUUCCACAUUAUCCCUAGAAAACUCUCCCAAAGAGGAAUUAGUAUUGGAGCAUGUGCAAUAAUUUUAAAAACAGUUUCAAUUGCAUUACGAUGAAAGAAGAAAUCUUUUCCUCUAUCCCAAAAAUGAGUGCGAUCUCUAUAAAUUUAUCUGCACAACCUUGCGUCCCCAAAAAAUUGGCUAUCUAGAACUCUAUAAUUACGAAUAAUGUGCAAGAUAUAUGAGUUUUUUCAUUGCUUAUGAAUAAUUGGAUCCUCCCGAUCAAUUUCCCAAGGUUAUUCCCAGUCCAACCAACGUUGCUAGGUGGCAGAAAGGUGAUUGCUUUGAUUUAGCCAUGCUCCUAUGCAGCGUUUUGAUAGGAGUUGGCUAUGAUGCUUAUUGUGUUUAUGGAACAGCUCCUAGAUCAAUAACUAGUAAAAAUGAAUCAGAUCUUGAAUACAUCUUCAUCAACAAUGGAAUCAAAGAGGAUGAUGAAGACAAAGAUAAAGACAAUGAUGAACUCAAAGAUAAUGAAUUUGCCAUCCUUCCAAAAGAAGAAAUCGUCUCAAAAUAUGACACCAAAAUAUAGAAGUAAAAGGAAGAGUUUGAAAAAGAAUAAAAACGAAUAGCUCUUACUAUUGAUGAUGAUGAACCUGAUCAAAUGGGAGCAGAUUACUAUGCUGGGAAGAGAAUUCAUUGCUGGAUUCUCUUGAAAGCAGGGAAAAGAGGAGUUGAAAGAAAUCUCUUUAUUGAACCUGCAACUGGAAGGAUCUAUCAAAUCAAUGAAAGUCCAUUUUUAACUGUAGAUGCAGUUUUUAACAAUAAGAACUUUUGGAUCAAUAUGAAACUUGAAUCCAAAGUUGCAGAUUUAAAUUUCGAUGAAAUGGAUACCUCUAUGAAUUGGGAAUACGUCAUGUUGGAUACUCUCGUUGAACAGAGUUAAUAAGAUGAUGAAGAUUACAAUUAUGGUGAAGAUCAUAAUCAAUAAUAAAAACAAGUCGAUCCUUAAUAAUAAUAAUUAUAAGACAUUGCUCAGAUCUUAGAUAUGCCACCUCCUUGGCCUCCUAAAUUGUUUAUUGACAAAGAGGCCUUUCUCAAAGGAACUCCCCUAGGAGAGUCUACAGUCUUUUAUAAGAAAUGUAAAAUAGAUUCCUAUGCCCCAUAUUCGCAAGAAAAGGAUGGAUUAGUUUAGAGAUAUACUAUUUAUCAGGAUUAUAAAAGAUUGAAAGUCUAUGAAAUUAGAUACUUCUACAAACACAGAUCUGACAAAUUAGUUUUGAAAAGAAGAUUCCCCUAUGAAUUUAAGACCAUUGAAGAGUAUGAACCAGGAAAUAAACCUUAAAGAAAGACUAUUACUACAAUAGAUAGAUAAUUAAGGAUCAUUUUAUAUCUAUCCAACGUAGAAAUCACGAUGGUUUAAUAAAAAGAAUUGAAAAAAUUGGAGAGAAAACAAUUGAAGAAUACGAGAACAGAGAUGAUAGAAUUUGAUGCUAAAGAUAAGAAAUUUGAAUAAAGAGAUUUAAUUCAUAAUGAUAGAUAUAUGGGAUAAGUCAAGAUCACUAAAAUGACUUAAAAAUAUGAAUUGAGUGAAUUGUACCCAGCUAGUGAGUAGCCACAAAAGGUUGUUAUAGACUUGGUUAAAAAUGUUAUCAGAGUCUAUUAUCAUAUGAAUAAAGGAGAAAUCAAUCCAUAAGUCAAAGAGUUGAAGAGAGAGAAUAUGCACGGAUUAGGAAAGUUAAAUGAAACGGGAGUGGAGAAAAAAAAUGAAGAUGCUUUGGUUUCUUAAGAGAAUCAAAGAAUAGCAAAUUUAGAAAAGGAAUGUUUAACCCAUAUUAAAAAUCAAGAAGAUGAAGUAAAGAAGGAUGAAGAACAAUUGAGAUCUUAAGAUCUCAAACUUGAAAAAACACUUCAUGACAAAGCUAGAGAAAGAUACAAAGAAACAUUAAAGAAGUCUGAAGAAGAAAAAUAAAGGGAAUAAGCAGACAAAGAUUACCUAUUUCCAUAUUUGGAAAAGAGAAAGUUGUUAGGGAAGGAAGUACUUAAUUACAAUGAAGCUUUGGAUAUAUAAAAAGAUGUUAUGACUAAAUUGAAGGAGCGUUUGCUCUCUAGAGCAGCCAUCAUCCAAAAAAAAUUAGAGGAAGAAAGAGCUAAAUUAGAUCAAGCUGAAUAAAUGUAGUAGAAAAAGGCAGAUCCAGAUGAUAAUGAAUAUAUCAAUAUCCAAUUUAGAAUUGAUAUUUUGGAGUAAAGAGCUAUUAGAUUUGAAUCCUAAGCACUUCUUAAAUAUGAGGAAAUGGAUAGAAAACUUAAGGAAGAUAAAAGAUUGAAUGAACUAAAAAAGAAAUGA